AUGCCUGGUAUAAAAAAAAAUGAACUAACACCAAUUAAGAGUGAGACUAUGCAGCUGGAUUCCGACGAUAAUAUAAAUUCGCUUUUAGAGAAAGCAAAAAAAGCUCUGGCAAUACAGAAUAAAAUCGAAAAAAACUUAUCUCUAUUGAAUACGAAAGUUAAUGAUAUUGAAAAUAUAACAAAAUCUACCUACGAUUUAAAUUUGAUUUCGGAGAGUAAUUCCAUUCCAAUUUUUACUCGGCAUACAGUAAAUAAAGAACUUGAGAUUUCCAGUAUAGAAAUAACAAAUGGAAAAGAACAAAAGUUGGAUUCAGUUAAUCAGAGAAGUUGUACUGAAUUUACUGAUCCGAGAUUAAUAGUUAAACAGAAAUCCAAAAAAGCUUUAAGGUUUAUUAGGAAAGGAAUAUUCACUAGAGCAGAAAUCGAAUUGAAUGAACCUAAUCUUAUCCGCAGGAAAAAAAGAAAACAAGUCAAAGAAUUGUUCUUUUCAAAUGAUGAAAGUAUUUUUUCAAAAGCAUCAAUUCCAGAACUUGAAUAUUGGGAUAUACCAUUUGUUAAGCUGAAAGAGACUGCCUCAGAAGGUGAAUUCCCAUUUGAAAUAUUAGUCUCUAAGAUAAACAAUCUAAUCGAACACCCCGUUCCUAUUGAGCCGUAUUAUGAUCCAGAUGAAAAUGUUUCAUCAGUCAUUUUUUUAACAGCGAAUGAAAAGGCACGGCUGCGCAAGAGAAAUAGGCAAGAAAAAGAGAUGGAAAGGCAAGAUCGAAUUCGAAUGGGUAUCGAACCUCCGCUUCAACCCAAACUAAAACUUUCAAACUUAUAUAAUAUUUUGAAUGAAAAGGCGAUUGCUGAGCCUUCAAGAGUUGAAUUUGAAAUAAAUAAAUUGAAGGAUGAAAGAACCAAGCUAUAUGAGGAUAGAAAUGCAUCAUUAAAACUUAGUCGGGAAGAUAAAUCUAAAAGAAAAGCAAAUAAGUGGAAACUUGACCCAGAUAAUCCAAUUAUACACGCUGCAAUAUUCAAAAUAGGUAAUCUUAAAAACAAAAGAUACAUUUUCAAAAUUGAUAGGAAUGCACAAGAUUGUCAUUUGACGGGCUGCUGCGUUGUUAGUUCCGUUGACCCAUGCAUUAUUUUAGUAGAAGGUUCAAAAAAAUCCAUACAAUUUUACAAAAAUUUAUUGCUAAGCCGUAUUAAAUGGGAUCAACCAAAUGAAACUGCAACUAAUUGUAGUUUAAUUUGGGAAGGCAUAAGGCCUUCAAAAGUCUUUCUUAAAUGGAAGAUUUACUAUUGUCAUUCAAAAGAGGAUGCAUACCGAUUUUUUUUAGAUAAUAAUUCUCUUGAUCUCUGGAAUAUUUCUCAGAAUUAG